AGAAGUUAGGUGUAGCCACACUUGUCCAGCAUCUACUUUGUACCAAACACGUAUGUGUUUGUUGUGUUUCUGCUUAUGUGUAUAUAUUUUCUUCCUCGGACUUUGAAGGUGACUUACAUAAUUCGUGUUCAUUGACCGGAGAAUCUUGACAGUGAAAGCGUCUCAUUGUAGUGAUGAGCUACAGCCCCGGGAUGUUCAAGAGCUGCUCUGGCUUUUCUGGACUCUGUGCUUCGCCAAUAGAGGAAGCCCAUGGAGCGCUAAUUAGUUCUUGCAAUUACGGAACCAUGACUGAUGGGUUGGUGACUUUCAGUGAUGUGGCCAUCCACUUCUCCCAGGAAGAGUGGGAGUGCCUGAGCCCUACUCAGAGGGACUUAUACAUGGAUGUGAUGUUGGAGAACUACAGUAACUUGAUUUCACUGGGGAUCAAAUCCGAAACCUGGGCAUGUGCCCUCCAUACCAGCCAGGGCACAGAUUUGGAGUCAACAUAUGAAACUGAAAAUAACUUUUCAGGAAAGAACGUUUCUGAAAUAAGUUUUUCCCAAUGGGCAGUAAAGGAAAGAACUAAAACCCUUGAUCUUGAGGCAUCCAUUUCCGAAAAUAAUUGGAAGUGCAAAAGCAAAUGUGAUGAGCUACAGGAACAUCAAGAGGAAUACUUCAGUCAAAUGAUAAUCAGCUAUGAAAAGCCCACUUACCAAAAAAGUAAAUCUCUUAUUGCACAUCAAAGACUUAAUCCAGAGAAACCCGACAUUUGUAAGGAAUUUGGGAAGACUUGUAGUCAUGGUUCAAAACUUGUUCAACAGGAGAGAACUCAUACAGCUGAAAAACACUUUGAAUGUAAAGACUGUGGUAAGGACUUUUUUAGUGCCUAUCAACUCACUGUGCAUCAGAGAUUUCAUACUGGUGAGAAACCCUACAAAUGUAAGGAAUGUGGGAAGACUUUUAGUUGGGGAUCAAGUCUUGUUAAACAUGAGAGAAUCCAUAGUGGUGAGAAGCCCUAUGAAUGUAAAGAAUGUGGAAAGGCCUUUAGUCGUGGCUACCACCUUACUCAACAUCAGAAAAUUCACAUUGGUGUGAAAUCUUAUGAAUGUAAGGAAUGUGGAAAGGCCUUUUUUUGGGCCUCAAGCCUUGCUAAACACGAGAUAAUUCAUUCAGGUGAGAAACCUUAUAAAUGUGAAGAAUGUGGGAAAGCAUUCAGUCGUGGCUAUCAACUUACGCAGCAUCAGAAAAUCCAUACUGGUAAGAAACCUUAUGAAUGUAAAGUAUGUGGAAAGGCUUUCUGUUGGGGUUAUCAACUUACUCGACAUCAGAUAUUCCAUACUGGCAAGAAACCCUACGAAUGUAAGGAAUGUGGGAAGUGCUUUAAUUGUGGUUCAAGUCUUGUUCAACAUGAGAGAAUUCAUACAGGUGAGAAACCCUAUGAAUGUAAAGAUUGUGGAAAGGCUUUUAGUCGUGGCUAUCACCUUGCUCAACAUCAAAAAAUUCAUACUGGUGAGAAACCUUUUGAAUGUAAGGAAUGUGGGAAAGCCUUUAGUUGGGGUUCAAGCCUUGUUAAACAUGAGAGAGUCCAUACUGGUGAGAAAUCCUAUAAAUGUAAAGACUGUGGAAAAGUCUUUGGUAAUUUGUAUCAACUUGCUCGACAUCAGAUACUUCAUACUGGAGAGAAACCCUAUGAUUGUAAGGAAUGUGGGAAGACCUUUCAUUAUGCUUCAAGUCUUGCUCAACAUGAGAGAAUUCAUACUGAUGAGAAACCCUAUGCAUGUAAAGAAUGUGGAAAGGCCUUUAGUCGUGGCUACCACCUUACUCAACAUCAGAAAAUUCACAUUGGUGUGAAAUCUUAUGAAUGUAAGGAAUGUGGAAAGGCCUUUUUUUGGGCCUCAAGCCUUGCUAAACACGAGAUAAUUCAUUCAGGUGAGAAACCUUAUAAAUGUGAAGAAUGUGGGAAAGCAUUCAGUCGUGGCUAUCAACUUACGCAGCAUCAGAAAAUCCAUACUGGUAAGAAACCUUAUGAAUGUAAAGUAUGUGGAAAGGCUUUCUGUUGGGGUUAUCAACUUACUCGACAUCAGAUAUUCCAUACUGGCAAGAAACCCUACGAAUGUAAGGAAUGUGGGAAGAGCUUUAAUUGUGGUUCAAGUCUUGUUCAACAUGAGAGAAUUCAUACAGGUGAGAAACCCUAUGAAUGUAAAGAUUGCGGUAAGGCUUUUAGUCGUAGCCGGCAAGAGGUCACAGCCCCCACCCGGUGCCACAGGAGAUUGGUCGCCUCCACCUACCCCCAGAUCCCUGUCCCAGCCCAGGUCCCAAGCCCUAAUCAGGCGAUCAGGGCCUGCCGGCUGAUGGUCACCAUCUGCAGGGGCGAUUGGUCAGGGAUGGGCCCCCCGCUUGGCUCCCUCAGCACCUGA